UCCGUCUGCGCGCGGCCCCCGCCGCCCCACGCGCACGCGCCUCCCUCGCUCCCGGCGCUCGACGCCCGCGCGCGCGAGCUUCCCGCCUGGCCCGCGAGCCCGCGCAGCCACCGCCGUCCCGGCGCCUCCGCGACCCGGCCGCACCAUGUCUUCGCCUCCCGAGGGGAAGCUAGAGACGAAAGCUGGACACCCGCCCGCCGUGAAAGCCGGUGGGAUGCGAAUUGUGCAGAAACACCCUCACUCUGCAGACAGCAAAGAAGAGAAGGACAAGGACGACCAGGAGUGGGAAAGCCCCAGUCCACCCAAACCGACUGUGUUCAUCUCCGGUGUUAUCGCCCGGGGCGACAAAGACUUCCCCCCGGCGGCCGCCCAGGUGGCCCACCAGAAGCCCCACGCCUCCAUAGACAAGCAUCCUUCCCCGAGGACCCAGCACAUCCAGCAGCCUCGCAAGUGACCGGCGAGGACGCAGCACCCACAGCAGCCGGCCUCGGUUCCCCGACACAUGGCAUUUCUCCAGCAAAGAGAACUGGCAUUUUCUUCAAAACACUGCUCCAUGGGGAAAUCUAAGACAAAGCAAAGCGCCCCUUCCUUUGCCUUCAAAUUCCAUAUCUAAAGCUAGAAUCAGACCCCAAACCCUGUUUCCAGGGAGUCCUGGCUGGUAUCAUUUGAGGAUCACUGUGGCACUGCAAGUGCCAUUAGCAGAACUUGCCAAGACCUGAGUGAAAUGGAGUUGUUCAGAGUUUAGCUUCAGUUCCCGUUCAUCAAUUACUCUGCCAGUGGUCUUAAAAAAAAAAGUGCACACGCAUUUGGGAGGAUUAGAUUAAGGUCAGGGCAAAGUUCAAUCAUUUCAUUCUUUUUAGUAAUAGGAAAAUAAAGUCUUAACACCUAGCGGGGAGAGAAGGAGAUGAAGGUGUUAAUUACAGAAAAACUGAGCAGGGAAGACUUUUGAAACAGGCAACAGCAUCACCGAAUUCCCCUCCCUUGUGUGACGAGGAGUCACAGCACAGGGUGACACCAAGCAUUCCUAGGAAAGCCAGAGAAAAGCUUACAGCUUUGAAAUGGCAGUUUUAUUCCAGGAGUCAUCUUGCUGAAAAAUUUGCCCAAAGGGAAUACUUCCAGAAUGAGAUUUCUCCGUGUGGGUCCGAAGUCUUGCACAGCCCCACCAUCCAGACAGGCUCACCAAGAAAUGAAGGCAAGCCUUCAUUUUUUUCAGUAAUCACCCCUAGAGCUGCCCUUGAGCUCUGGGAGUGAUCACUGACCAGGUGAAGGAAUAGACACACAGCGAAUUCUGAAACACUAGAGCAAAAGCAUUGACCGCGUGGAAAGAUCAGGUGAAAACCUGCCCUUUGUCUCCCUAGGGAAAAGUGGAACCACCACAUGCCAUUUGAGCUAGAAAAGCCUGUUUGUCCACCAGUGGACGUGUGAGGAAGUCCCUCUGCCCAAGGUCACAUUUGCCUGGGCCCAUGUUCACUUGGGCAUCUCAGAUUAUCCUAUGCUUUCUGCCCAGGUUUCCUGCCCAGAGCCGCCCUAGUCUGCUCACUGGCUCACAGCUGUUGGGUGCCCUGCUUUUCUGAAAAGCCGAUGGGCUUGUUUACUCAGAGGUUCAAAUCUGGAGGAGAUGCUUUGGGAGAGGCUGUGGCCCCACGGUCCCUCUUGCCAGCAUGGUGUUUGCUGCGGCUCGGGAGUGGGGGGAGCAGACACAUCACAGCCUUUCUGAUGGCCUCUCCAACGCCACAUCCUUGACUGGUGAAGGUGACACAGACCUAGCAGACCCAGCUCUCGCCCUUUCCUGAGGGAAAAGCCAGCCCCGUUUCACACUCUAAAGGCAACAUUCAGUUUCCCAUGUCAUUGACUUGCGGAGGACGGGGUUUCACACUCAAGGCACCGUGUAGUCACCUCUCGUAUUUCAUAAUCCCUGAGAUGUUGCUGUAAACUGAGGCUGGCUUUUGGAGUUGCAGACUGGGUGGACAGCCUCCUCCCAGCCACCUCCUGGAGCCGGCAUCUUCGAAGGAUGCUGAGAGCAGGCAGCGCUAGGUCAGUCUGUGGACCAACGCGCCCUCCGCUGCAGAAAUGAAGACACAUCCUUGAUACUUUCUAAUGUUGCAGCCAGGAGCCGCCGUGCUGUUCCCCAAGGUGCAUUUUUCUUGUCCUUUUAGCUGUCUGGCAUGCAUCUGUGAGCUGUAGGUCACUGAAAGCAAAAAGUUCUCAUGAAUGAGUUUAUCGAUGGUUAACCUCAAGAAUAAUAAUGAUUACAAUAAAGCUCCUGCAUUUCUUCUCAUA